GGGGCAAAGAGGAAGCUUUUUUGAAGCCGGAGAGAAGGUGGGCCUAGCCUGGCGCACCGGCGCCGGCUGAGCCCGGAAGGCAGUGGGCCGAGAGCGGCGGGAGGCCGCGCGGAGGGGAAGACGGUGGUCGGGCGGGAGUCCCGCGGCCGAGUGUGGCGCGGAGUGCGCCGUCGAUGGCCCCGAAAUCCGCGGACAAAGGGCCGCCAUGUCCCACCCCGGUAGUGUCAGAGGGGCAAAGUCCAGAAGAUGAGCCUUUCUAGAAAGGUCCCUCCUGGCGAGGGCUUCUGAAAAAUGAAGAGCAACUAAGCUCUCACUUUUGAACAGCCCUCUGUCAGCUGGGUUGGUGAGAGGUCUGAUGCCCCAUCGCUGCUGCCCCCGCCUUUUCUCAGUCAAGAUCGUUCCUAGGGAAAGUCACACCCCUGGCUUUCAAGUGUUCCUAAACCCGAGACCUGGUACUAGCACCAUCUCACUGCUGCCGCAUGGUUGGUAGUAUUAAUUACCUAAGGAUGGGUGCUGUAUCUGCCAUUUUGCCCGCCUGCCACUCACUUUGAAAACUGCCCUGGGAUGUUUAUUUGAAAAUGAAACCAAAAGCAUAUAUACAUAUGUAUAUUUAUGUGCGUAUGCUUAUGUGUUGCAGAUCACUGCCAUUUAGCAUAGUAAAGCUGCAUUUGCCCCAAAAGAUGAAUUAAUUCGGUAACGCACCUGAUGAGUAAGGGACCAAACAUUUAAUUUAGGUAAUGCACCUGAUGACCAAACAUUUAAUUGUAGUCUCAAAAGUUUUGCUUGGGUCAAAACUUGUUUUGGUAAGAAUGUGAAAGGUGCUUCUAAAUAAAAACAUUUUGCUGUGGCAUAUUGUGUUUUUAUUAAAAGUUGGCCCUUGAGAUAUUGCUACAACUAAACCAUGCCACUUAGUCCCAUGAAACAUUUAAGGUGUUAGGGUAUGAUUCAUUGUCAAAGUGGUCUGCUCAUUAUCAGUAUCCAUGGGAAGCAUUCUUAGGUACUUGUGUCUAGAACAGCUGUGAUUUCCCCAAAGCAACUGAUUUAAAAAAAAAAAAAAAACUCAAAGUCUGAAUCAUGUUAGCUCCUCUUUCCUAUCUGGUGGCUCCUUGGUAGCUCAGGACCCAAUUAAAUAUCCAUAUUUAGGAAAGCAAAAGACUAGUUGGCAGCACUGUGAUUGUCUUUCCCUUACUAAAAAAAUUCAGUUUUUAAAACAUAUUUGCAAGGUUCCAUGUUUAAGAGUGAACACACAGUUUGGGCUGACAAACUCAACCCAUGAGAAUUAUAGGUCUAGAUGUGUCCAACUUGUGGCCUGUCUUAGGAUAGCUAUGAGUGUAACCCAACAUGUUUGUAUAUAACAACCCAAUGUCAAAAGCUGGGACAACCUCUAGUAGCUUAUAUAACACUCAAGGUACCACUUGACAGUCAUCAAGGGAAUGGAUAUGGUGGCCCAAACACUCAGGAGGCAAUGUUGAAAUUACAGACAUCCUGCCAAAAUGAUUUCUUCAAAGCCCAGACUUGUUGUACCCUAUGGCCUCAAGACUCUGCUUGAGGGAGUCAGCAGGGCCGUUCUCAAAACCAACCCAACAAACAUCACCCAGUUUGCAGCAGUUUAUUUUAAAGAACUCAUUGUGUUUAGAGAAGGGAAUUCAUCUUUGGAUAUAAAAGAUCUGAUUAAACAGUUUCAUCAGAUGAAAGUAGAGAAAUGGGCAGAAGGAGUGACACUGGAGAAGAAAGAAUGUGUUAAAGAACCGGGAAGAACACCUCCAGUUUCCUGCGAACCUACACGAAUGGAAAAAUCCACAGACACAGAGGAGGACAAUGUAGCUGGACCACUGUUUAGUAACAAAACCACCCAGUUUCCAUCAGUUCAUGCUGAACUCCAGCCUGAGGAGACAAGUGAAGGAGUUUGUGGUCCUUCUUCCAAACCAGCCACACCAAAGACCACCACCCCACCGUCCUCACCACCUCCAGCACCUGUCUCUGCAGAGUAUGCCUAUGUGCCGGCCGACCCAGCUCAGUUUGCUGCACAGAUGUUAGCACUAGCAACAAGCGAAGCAGGACAACCACCACCAUAUUCUAAUAUGUGGACACUUUAUUGUCUAACUGAUAUGAAUCAACAAAGUCGCCCAUCACCGCCACCUGCACUUGGGCCUUUUCCCCAAGCAACCCUCUAUUUACCCAAUCCUAAGGAUCCACAGUUUCUGCAGAAUCCACCGAAAGUCACUUCUCCAACCUAUGUGAUGAUGGAUGACAGCAAGAAGACCAGUGCCCCACCUUUUAUUUUAGUAGGCUCCAAUGUCCAGGAAGCACAGGAUUGGAAGCCUCUUCCUGGACACACUGUGGUGUCACAGUCAGAUGCCUUGAAGAGAUACGCUGCAGUGCAAGUGCCCAUUGCUGUUCCUGCAGAUCAGACAUUCCAGAGACCUGCCCCCAACCCCCAGAAUGCUAGUCCUCCUACAAGUGGACAAGAUGGCCCCAGACCGCAAAGCCCAGUCUUUCUUUCUGUUGCUUUCCCAGUAGAAGAUGUAGCUAAAAAGAGUUCAGGAUCUGGUGACAAACGUACUCCCUUUGGAAGUUACGGUAUUGCUGGCGAAAUUACUGUGACUACUGCCCAUGUCCGCAGAGCAGAAUCUUAAAAGAGUAGGUAACCCUUCCUACCUUGACAUGUGGGCCUUAGCACAGCAGAGCCUUCAGCACUUAAGGGCUGGGUAUUCAAACACUUGAGAAUAAUGGUGUGUACUUAAGCUUAUGUGCUCGGCUUUCAACUACAGAGCUGCUAAUGAAUGCCCAGCCACCUUUCAGUAUAUGGUAGAUUCUUUAAAGUGAGGAUAAUCAAUGUUUAAGAAACAGGUCCAUAUAAGAGAUUAUUCUGAAGUAACAGCUCUGACAAUUUUAUCUAAUUUUUUAUUCAAUUGUGGUUAACUGGAAUUUUUAGACUUUUUUUUAUUCAGUUGGGCAUAAUGUCGAGCCUCUUCCUUUGGUAUCGACAGUGGGCGAGUAAAACAUGGACUCGAGUGGAGGAGACUAUAUGUAUGUAUAGUGCCGCCAGGCAUGCGGCUAAGGGAAGCUAUGGAUUCCUAACAGUUAAGCCACUGUGAUUUGGGGGGGUUGGAGAGGUGGUAUUUCAAUUGUGUAGCCAUGAACGUAAUCAUGACAACCUGAUGGUGGUCUCAGCAGGAACUGCUAGGAUAUUUUUGAUUUAUUUCAUGAUAUAUCUAAACAGUUCAAUGUCUCUUCAACAGAUGCUGAAAUGAUGCUGUUUGAGUCAGCAUUCAAGGUGGAGUCUGUCACCAUGUGAACUGUAUCAAUAAACUUCCUGCAAGCAUA